CCUCCGGCGCCUGCGCGGAGAGCUCGCAGUCCCUUCGACCUCUACCGCUGCACCAGCUCAGCCGGAGGAGCCUCUGCUUGCCGCUGCCGGGUUCGAGGUAGGCCCCGGAUCCCCUCCUUGUAUCCGCCUCCAUCGGGGAGCUCAGCCUUCCUCCCGCUCCCAGAGCGCUGCCGGCCGGACUCCUAAAACUCUCCUUUCUCCUCCCCUGCAGCGAGCCAGACGGCCCAGACCCGGGACCCCCCAGCCCGUUGCUCCACCGGCCCGCCCGCCCGCAGCCAUGUUCGCCUGUGUCAAGCUCGCCGCCGGGUCCCCCGCCUUGGUGAGUUGGCAGCGGGGCCUGCGCAUUGGUCAGAGUGGAUCGCUUCCCCCUCUUGCCCUUGAUUUUUUUUUCCUUUGCAAAAGGUCGGGGGCGUUGAUGGGGUUUUUUUGGGGGGGGGGAUCUGGACUCUGGGACAGAGGCAACCCCGGUUAAGUCAUUCAUUUGGAGGGCAUGUCUUUUUGCAAAGAGUCAUUCAUUUGGAGGGCAUGGCUUAAUGGUGCUUUUUGCAAGGAGACUUUUGUCUCAUGCCUCUCUCUCCUCUGCCCUCCAUGCUGCUGCCUGGGCUUGCUUUCCACGUCUUAUCAGCGUUUCAUGCAUAAGUUUAAGGACGAUGAGGCCCUCCUUGCAAAAUGCCCACCCCACCCCCCAAGUUGGCCCACUGCUGCAGAAAGAGGGUGGAAAAACUGGGUGACCUUAAAAGCGAGUAGGUUUUUCCAAGGGCAAGAACAGGCCGCAGCAGCCUCUCAGCCAUUCAUUCAUAAGGCCUUUCCUCUUAAUCUGUGCUUGGAUUGCUAGGCCGCUAGGGUGAAUUGACAGGUCGAUCUGUCAAUCGACAGAUCAACGUAUAAUGUGGAGGAGGGGUGUUGCCGGAUUCGCAGGGAACUGGUUUCCUGGUCUGGGGGUGCUUAUCUGAGGGCGCUGGCUGGUCUUGGGGUGGUAGAUUGCUUGGUUGCCCCACAAAAUGAGUUAGGCUGAAUUCGCCAGGCCUGUCUUUUAAUGGUUCUUAGGAUUAAAAUAUUAGAAUUGCUUUUGCAGACCUGUAGGGUCGGGAGCGACCUGAAGGUCAUUGAGCACAGCAGAGUUGCAGCACUUUUAGGCAAUGUGUGCCAACAUUACAAACGACAGUGUGCUACAGGAGCUCUGAGCUUUCUUAGUGGUACCUGUAGAAUGAAGGCAAACAGGAAUUAUGUCCCGUGGGCUUGUUUUCUUGAGAUUUUGUAGACAAGGGCAGAUAGAAGGAUUGUUGAAAUAAUAAAAUCUCACCUGGAAACACUUUCCCCACUCUUAACCUGCCUCUGAAAGAAAGUUAGUUACCAAAGAUUCAGCUGUCUCUGAAAUCUUGCUGUUGGUUAUGGCGUUAACACUUGAUAGCAUGGGAAGGAGAGAAAUAGAGGAGAUCCUUCAAGGUUAAUUUGCUUAGAGUUCCAACUAGAUCCUUAUCUCAACAGCAAAAACACUUUAAUACCGUAUGGGAAUACAAGGUUCUGAUGAGCUGUGUUAUCCAACCCACGUGUGCCAAAAGUGAAGGUCAGACUUCAAGAGCAGUUUUUUCUUAGUGGCAUUGACUUUAGCAGUAGUCAUUAUAGUAAGCAUGACUGGAGAUCAAAAUUGUGCCUUUGCAAGUCCUGAUGAGCCAUUGAUGAGCUUCAUGGAAUAAGAAUUUUCCUCGAUGGAUGGACUUACCGAACUGUGAUUGUAAAGAGAACUAAAUCCCAGGAAUCCAAAAGCUGCUGGGAUGUUGUGUAGUUAUCGCUUUGAAGGCUAUGGUUGCAGAGUUUUGUGAGAGUGUCCAUUACUUUAACACACUUCUUCAUCCUCCCCCUUUCUCAGAUGCGCACUGGAUCAAGAAUUCUGUACAGACCAAUUUCUGCAACGGUGUUGUCUAGGCCAGAAGCCAGGACUGCAGAGGUACCUUAAACAAUUCUGUAGCUUCCUAAAUGAUCUGGUGAGCCCAUGUGUUGUUGCCUUGUAAUAGUAAAACUUGCAACAAAGUGUCAGAUUUUAGUUUUUGACAAACACAUGCUGCCUUGUGUUUAGUGUCUGAACUUGGAACAACACAGACCUGCAGCUGAGUACGGGUAGUAAAGUGUUUAUUUGUACUCUGCUUCUGAAGGAGCGUCUCCUCCCCCAGACACUAAGGUCCUGCCCUGAGGGCCUUCUGGCAGUUCCCUCGCUGCAAGAAGCCAAGUUACAGGGAACCAGGCAGAGGGCCUUCUUGGUAGUGGCACCCGCCCUGUGGAACACCCUCCCACCAGAUGUCAAAGAGAAAAACAACUAUCAGACUUUUAGAAGACAUCUGAAGGCAGCCCUGUUUAGGGAAGCUUUUAAUGUUUGACAGACUAUUGUAUUUUAAUAUUUUGUUGGAAGCAGCCCGGAGUGGCUGAGGAAACCCAGCCAGACGGGCGAGGUAUAAAUAUUAUUAUGAUGAUACCAAGGAUCUUGAAGCUGCUUAUAUUUUGGUUUGUUUCUAAGUGGUCUCCAAUCUAGGUACUGCUCAGAGUCAGAGUAGCUUAGGUUUUGCCCCACCCCCAUAUGCCUUGAAGCCAUUUAGUGCAAAAAGCACAGUAGAUUGCUUAAACCUCUCUUGCAGAAUUUCAGUCUGGUAGGAUUAAUGCUUCCAGGGCUGUGGGAUUGCGUCAUGCUGUCAAUGGUUCCAGAUGGGCAGAAGUUGUUAGGGACAUCAGAAUCAUAAUUGCUUUGGGCACUUUCCCCCAUGGUUCUUUAAAAAAAAAAAACCUAGGAAGAACCUAACACUUUCUAAAUCUUUUCACUCAGCUGUCCAAAGAAAUGUGUCUUAAAGCUCCCCUUUCCUUCCCUGCUGUAGAAGCUUGUGCCUUUCGUAGUACAAGUCUAUAGCAAAUGCUUGUGCCAAAUGUAAUCCAAUUCUUCUUGUUUCUUUCAGGGCAACACAACUUUCCUUACUGGUGCUCAGAACACUGGCAGUCAGCUAGCACUAAGGGAGUUUCAAACUAGUGCUAUCAGCAGGGACAUUGACACGGCUGCCAAAUUUAUUGGUGCUGGUGCUGCCACAGUAGGAGUGGCUGGUUCCGGUGCUGGUAUUGGAACAGUUUUCGGGAGUUUAAUCAUUGGCUAUGCCAGGUAAUGGUCCUUUAUUUCUAACUUUCAGCAUUAUACUGAAAGGGGUUCAAGUUACAGCAUUAUUUUUUUCCAGGUUCAGGAUACUGUAGCUUGUUCUGCUCACCCACAUGGCACAGAGCCUGGCUGUGGCUCCCAGAGAAGGCUGGAAAUAACUGUGCACGGCUUCUGCCAGCUCUGCAUUUGUCUUCUCCCUGGGAUUAAGGAGGAAAGCUCCUUAAUACUGGGGACAGAAUGGGUGUGGAUGGAAGGAAGUUUGUCUGAAGGGCUGAGCACUUGCCCCAAGCGUAAGAAGGAGUAGCAAAUUAGACCUGUCAGGAAUUUGAAGACCUUGGGGCUUGUAUAAAGUAACAAAGCAUAACUCAUUCUGUUUACUUACAGCAUUUCUUAACUGCCGUAGAGCUGAAGUUAGAAAACUUUUGAAGUCGCUUAGAAGACUUUAAAAAACUUUUACAGUCAUUAAACAAGCAUAGAAACAGCAGCUAUGCUUUUUAUAGUUAAGUCGGAGCAUAAGAUGAUCAGGAUGUUGAAAAUGUUGAGCUGAACAGAAAGAUCUUUGCCGUGUGCAAAGAUAUUGUUGUUGCCAGGCAAGCCUUCUGAAGGGAGCAGUCUACAAUUCAGGUAUUGUUCAUGGAAGGAAAGCCUUCUCUUAUAAUCAGCAAAUUUUUUUCAGCAGGGGGCCAGUCCACUGUCCCUCAGACCUUGUGGAGGGCUGGACUGUAUUUUGGAGGGGAGGAAAGAACGAAUUCCUAUGCCCCACAAGUAACCCAGAGAUGCAUUUUAAAUAAAAAGACACAUUCUACUCAUGUAAAAACACACUGAUUCCCGGACCAUCCGUGGGCCAGAUUGAGAAGGCGAUUGGGCCGGCUCCCACCCCCGGGCCUUAGUUUGCCUACUCAUGUCUUACAACUUACCUCUGAUAGAGGUGGUGGUUGGGGCAGGACAUCAGCCAGUUAUCUCAACACGUGGGCAGCUUGAUAUGGGACGAGAUAUUUUCUGUAUUGAGACCAAGGAACUGGCAGAGAUGAAACUGUUAAAUCCAUUUGAAGCUUUUCUUUUUUUAAAAACACUUUUGCCUCAUCUUGGUCCUUAACUAAAUGUUUACAAUUGAAACUAUUCAACUGAAAGUGGGAGGUCUUUAAAAUCUCUCCAUAAAAUGGAUUAUUGUUACUAGUGCUGAUGGGGGAAUGCAUGCAUUAGGGGAAUUCUUUAAUUUUCCAGUUCUAAACUUCUUAAAUACUCUUCUGGAUUGCAUAACAACAGCAUACUAUGCCUGUGGCUUUGGCCAAGAUAACAGAUUCAAAUUUAGGUAGAGACUGUUGGGAAACUGAGCAGGAGCCACACAAUGUCACUAACAAGUUUGGUGGGUAUAACUUUUCAUGGGAAGAGGCAGCUGAAAUUACUAACUCUUGUGGUAAGUCUUGUGUAGCCACAACCUCCCACUUUCUGAGUAGCUUUAGGGUGUUUUUUUUAUAUAUUUUAAAAUACACACAGCCUUUCAUUUCAAAUUAUCAGACAGAAUAGUACAAAACACAUUUUAAAAUUGCAAUACAAAAUAAUACAAAGCCAUAAAAUUAAUAAAUACAAGCAGCUGGUAUUAAUGACCAACAAAGUCAUGUGAAAAUAAAUUGAGUUUUAGUAAGCAGUGAAAUUACAUAAUUGCUGGUGCUUGUCUUUGUUCAGAACAGGUAGAGGGGACUUUUGGCCCUCCAUAUGUUGGUGAACUACUGUUCCCAUAGUCCCUGGCCACGCUUGCUAGGGCUGAUGGGAGUUGUAGGUAGAACAAUCUAAAGGUUUCCCCACUUCUUCCAGAGGAAAUGUUAAGACUAUGCACUUCACAUGCUUACACCUGCCAAAUAGCAUUGCUUUCAGCAACAACCACAUGGUUCUCAGCCUUUUCAGUCAUUUGAGCUGCAGGUACUCGGCCAAGAAGUAAUGCUGAAACUUGUGUAAAUUAUUGUUUAGUUGCUGUGUAAUAAGCCUUGCACACACACUUUUUUAUUAAACCCUUUGUGUAAGCAAUUUGCUCCAUAAGCUGGUAACUUUUUUUCCUCUGCAUAGGUUAUAAUAUUGGUGGAUUUGUUGAAAAGACUUGCUUCAGAAUAAAUGCAAACAUGACUUUCAUCUUUUAUUUCAGAAAUCCUUCACUGAAGCAGCAGCUAUUCUCAUAUGCUAUUCUGGGAUUUGCCCUGUCUGAAGCCAUGGGUCUCUUCUGUCUGAUGGUUGCUUUCUUGAUCUUGUUUGCCAUGUGAAGAGAUCUGUGUGUAACAUUGGCAUUAAUGAACUACAAUGUGAUUCUGUGAACCUGGGUUCGAAAAAUGUUUAUCAUGGAAUGUAUGCUACUUCCAAAGCAGCUUAAUUAAAGAUGGUAACGAGUUUAAACUCUG